AAUAUUGGCAAAAGGGCAGGAGUCUCUUGGCUCAACCCUGUGCUGCAAAAACCCAAACCCUUUUUCACUGGAGAGGAGAGAUGAGGUUUCACCAUGUUGGCCAGGCUAAUCUCGAAAUCCUGAGGUCAAGCAAUUCACUCACUUCAGCCUCUCAAACUGCUGGGAUUACGGAGAGACGGUUCCACCCUUGCUAUGGGAUGUUAACUGAAGCUAAUGGAAAUAAUGGUGUCUAAAAGAGUUUCCAUGUUGAAACAUAAAUGCUUCAUAUAGGACCUGCUGCUACCUGGGUAAUGCAAAGACAACAUACAAGGAGGAGCCUCUUUUUCCUCUUCAGAUUGACUCUGUAACUAUGUGAGGAGCUGGUGGAUUUUACGGUGACUGAAAAAUAGCUCUUCACAUGUGAAUCGUAGUUCCAAGAAUUGAAAGAAAUGUACUGAGAGGAUAAAGGUGCCUCAUGACAAAGCCUCCCUGGUAUAAUACUCCAAAGACAAGGAAUUAGUCUGUCACCCAGGCUGGAGUGCAGUGGCACCAUCUUGGCUCACUGUAACCUCUACCUCCUGGGCUCAAGUGAUCCUCCCACUUCAGCCUCCUGAGUAGCUGGGCCCAGAGGCAAAUGCCACCAUACCCGGCUGGUCCUGUUGACCAAAGAGAUAGAGCAGCAACAUGUCUGUCAGAGAUAGGAGGCAAGUGCCAUUUCUGAACAGUUUGGGUCAAGUCAGACAUGCCCCCUGCCCCCACAACUAUUCAAUGGACACCAGAACAUUGAAAAUCAUGACCUUUAAGAGGACUGCCUUUGACUUACACAGCUCAAGAAACACUGCCUGGUUUGGUCACAGACAACAGGAAGGUCUUCAGAGCUGCACCAUGAGGGUCAGGAGCCCCUUGGUCUUCAUGUCUUUGGUGUGCACACUCUUGAACAUGUGCCAGGCAGACAGUGUGCAUGAUGACAAGCCUAAUAUUGUCCUGAUUAUGGCCGAUGACCUGGGUAUUGGAGAUCUGGGCUGCUACGGCAAUGACACCAUCAG